AUGUGUAACUUCUUCAAGAAUGAACGUACUCACCACUGUUCUAUUUGUAAACGAUGCAUAAUGGGUAUGGAUCACCAUUGCAUUUGGAUAAAUCAAUGUGUUGGGUCGCAUAAUCACCGUCACUUCUUUUUAUUUAUUCUGUAUCUUACGGGUGCUACAUUUACCAUUAUGCUAGCAGGCCUUAAUACGCUUUACGAUCAUAUGUAUGCGGGUGCAUCAACUUCAAAUUUCUGUUCAACACAACUGACCUUGGCCCCUCUACAGCCUUUCAUAUGUUCGCAUGAAGGUUUCGCACGUAAUGCGGUGGUUUUCUGUUAUCUUCUCAGUGUUUUGCUGUUUUUGCUUGUUGGAUUUCUCACAAUAUGGAACUGCUUCCUUAUUUCAUGUGGUUCCACCUACAUCGAUUAUAUAAAGCGUGUGGAUUAUUCACGUGUGAGAACAUUCUCAGGGAUUGGUCUCAAUAAAGGAGUGCUCAAUAACUGGAAAAGCUUUCUCGGACUUCGACGAAAUCGUACAUUCUUUCGUCAUAUCUUGUUACCAUGCUCCCAUCCACCUAUCAUUUAUGAUAGUGAUGGGCAUUCGGAGCUUGAACACCUUGAUAUUGUAUAA